GCAGCGGUAGGAGCUGCGGGUCCGAAGCGCGAGCAUCGUCUCGGCGGGAUUAGUUUUAAUAGAAAAAUAGGUUUUUAGUACAGUUUAUCUCCUUAUGAAGCUCCGACAGCAGCAUCGGCUGGAAUCUGUGAUUUAAAUCCGGGAGGGGAACCAGUCUCUACCUAGAACGGUCAUUAUAAGUUUUAAAGAUGAAGUGUGGGUUUCAAACUCCGACCAAGUUAUCACCUUCAAAGGUAAAACCAGAAGCCAGCCCAACCAAGCAUGAGCCGGAACACUCCCCAAAGGCGGGAUAUUCGGGCACCAGUGUAGACCAAUUGUCUCCUAGUCGAGUGGAUGUCAUUCAAGAGGACAGGCCUGUAAAUAACAAGGAAAACCUUCUGCGGAGGUUAAGUGCCGUUGAAACAAGUGACUUGGAAUGUAGUCCUCUUCAGGACAGUGGUUAUUCAUCAGUGCUACUCAGUGAUUCACAGAUCCAAGAUGAGGAGGACUUCAGCAAUAGCAUUACAUCCACGCAUUUGUUCGAAACGCCAAAGCAGGAGGCCUCAUGGGAAACACUGCCAGUCCAUCCAUGUUCCCUCUCCUUACCGGUGCUCCACUUUGAGGCGGUUGUGUGUUCUACUUUGAAAAAAACUUUCAAAAGAAGUCCAAAGGUUGACUGGGACACUGUUGAAGAAUUGGUUACCAGGGAGGCCUAUGGCCUUGAUAAACUUAUUGGUAAAAAAAUGGGAUUGGAAAGAAUAGACCUUCUUGGGGAGCUUUUCCAAAGGGACUUUAAGCAUCUGCUCAGCAAAAUCUUGAAGCACCUUAGUGCAAUUGAUUUAAUCAAUGUCAUCAGUGUAAGCACAACAUGGCGGAAAAUCCUGCAGAGGGACAGCUGGGCGUACAGCAUCUAUAAGCGGUGUCACAAGGAGAUCUGUGAAAGAGAGACAAAGAAGUCAGACCAUACUGCUACCCGGGAUUCUAAUCUGCUCCGAAUACCCCUCUCCUCAGUCCAGAAAGUAGACAGUGCAGCUUGCUGUUUUUCUAAGAAGAAAAGUAGUAAAAAGAACAAGCCCUCUUCCUCGUACAGUCGCUUCUCAGAGUUUAAUGAGGUUGGAAAAACCCUAACGAACGACCAAAGCCUUAAAGUGUGUAGAGACUGUGGUUCCCCGGCAAAGUAUGACUCCUACCAGCACCGAGCCAUUUGCACAAGGGAGAGUUGUCAGCUGGACUUCUGCACGCUCUGCAAUUGUAGAUACCAUUUUUCUGAAGAGUGUACGGCCAGCAAAGCUCCAAGUCACAGAUACUUAUCAGAACCACUUCCAGGGAGUAAAAAGAGCAAACACAAUUUACGAAGGCUAUAACUUUAGAAAUUGGACUCCUAGAUAAUUCCUGUCGGACUCCCAAAAGCAAACCUUUUUAUCACAAACUGUUUUAUCCUGUUCUUAAUGGGAACUGAAGUGACCUGUUUAAUGGCAAACUCUACUGCGUCCUGUAUCUGCUGGUACGUAGUCUUGACCAGUGUUUUCUUCUGUCCAGCCAGUGACUUAGUAGUUGUAUCAGAAGCUUUAGAGAUGAGCUUGUAACUGCUGCCGCAUGCUUCUGGCAAUGGACAUCCCAAGCUUGCACGUCUUCAGCUAUUGGGUGUGAAGGACGCCUGCUCCACCGCAGUUUUAACUGACUUUUGGACUGAGUGGGCUACUUUGUCGGUCAGCUUCUUUCUGCCAGUCACUGCUGAUUUGGGUGAGAGCAGCUGACAGUACAAAAUACAGGAGUCCGAGACCACCCAAUCUAAUUGUCGAGCAUGGUAUUUAGAGCCCCCAUACUUGUGUUCUGGGAGCCAAGUAGUUGGAAACAUGCAGGUUUUUUUUAGUUUUUUUUUACUUAUAGCUGCUGCCUUUCCAUCACAGUUAAAAAAAAUAAUAAAAAAUCAGUCUUUUUAGGUUUUUAUGGAUCUUAAUUUUUUUUUUCCCUCAAUCUUUUAUUAUAACAAAGAUGGAAGUUUUUUUUUUUGUCCCAAUGUUCAAAACGUUUUAAGGAUACUUCAAAGUUUGCCAAGGUUAUUUUAAGGUUCUUUCUGAUAGCUGUAUAGAUUUUGGACACAUCAACUUUUGUAUGUAUUUGUAAAUGUC